CCGGCACACAAAAUAUUCAUUCACAUACAAAGCAUCACAGCGUGAGGCACUGAGAAUUCGUCAGCUUUAUACGCCGUUAAAUGAAUAUUUUGAAGCAUUGUAAACAGUAUUGUUAAGAACUGUCGCUUCGUAUGAGAGGAUUACCGUGAAAAGGAAAGUGAAUUUUGGCAUUUCGUGUUUUACGAUGAGACAACCACGAUGAAAGGCUUUUAAACACGUUGUUGUGUGGGGGUUUCGAAACUUUGAUCUCUUUGAACGUCGUGAGAAAUCUCAACGCACGCAGUGAAACAGAACGUGAGCUUGGGUUUUAGUAAAAAAAAUUACAAAUGUAUUCCUUGGUUUUAUUCCCUACCUGGAUCAUUUGGAUCACAAUUCAUCUGCCAUUUUCCAGUGGUAAAAAAGAAAUUAUAUCCAAUAAUAUCUUGGAAAAGGGAAAUUUACAGUUUUUUCUAGUUAGUGGAAGGGGAGACGUUUGGGGUUUUCCAACGAACGGAGAUAAUUACGUUAAAACUUGUGGUUUAGGAUCGUCUGCAGACUUUUGGUUUGUCACCAAAUACAUGAAUCUUCCUUCAUCGUAUGCUGACGUGAUCUAUGUCGAUGUUGAGGCAAUGCUUACCGCCGACAAAUGCUUUAACCCCCCUGAUGGUAGUGAUUUCGUACCGUGUUUUACUAGCGAUUUUGAGGUUUAUACUUAUCGAGAGAGUACACCAGAGCCUGAAAGAAAUACUGUCGUUAGUUUAUUCAAUUCCCAUGUUUAUACAUUCGGAAACAAUUCACGGCCUGGUAUAACCCAAAGCUUUAGCUUUAGCUUUAGCAGAAACGGAACAACAGGCGUUUCAUUUGGUGUAAGAUCACGAGGCGCGUGUGGAAAAAUUUUUAACAUGACCAUCUAUCACUACUUUUGCGAGGAAAAAUUUUCAAACAGUAUCAGACUGGUAAAGACUUCAGCGCCUCUGAGUGGAUCUAAACUUGUCCCUGCUAAUUGCUCUCAGCACUCGUUACCCUUAAACGCCAGCACGGGCCUGCAAGGAAAUUGUAAAAGUAAUGGAACCUGGGAUAUGAAUGAAGAUUUCAAAUGUUUGUGCAUUGAGGGAUACGAACCUAAUACCACGCUAGGAUGCUCAGAGUGCCCAACUGACAGCUUCAAACCAAACGUUGCGAAUACUCCUUGCAAAAAAUGUCCUUUAAGAAGUAGAAGCAUCAAUAAUCGAACCAGCUGUCAAUGUAAAAGUGGCUUUUACAAAAGUCCUUCAAAUUACACACAACUUUCUCCUUGUUAUGCACCACUUGUAUUAAAUAAAGCUCCGACGAUAAAGUACAACAAAACUGUGAAUAUUUUAACUGUAUCUUGGAUCGAACCUAGCAAGACAGAAAGUUUGGAUGAAGCUAUCUUUUACGAUGUUAAAUGUGUCUUAUGCAACGAGAUAUGCAAUGAAACGUGCAAAAACGUGGUAUUCAAUCCGAGAAGUUAUAACUUGAGCGACACAUUAGUUGCUGUGACGGGAUUACAACCUGAUAAAAAAUAUAUCUUCAGGGUUUUUCCCAAAAAUAGUUUAAAUGAACAAAUCUCGAGAGACAAAUGGAACUUCAAGGAAACCAAUGAUUUCAUCUUUUCAUCAAAUAAAGAUCAACCAGUUCCCGAAAAAGAAGGAAGCAACAAUACUGUUAGUAUUAUCGUCGCUGUAAUUGCCGUGGUGUUGCUUGUUAUCAUCAUUUUCAUUGUGGUUUUUGCUUUUAAAAGGCGAGGAAAUUCGAAGCCAAAGGACAAACACCUUGAAACAUUUCUAAAUAAUGGAGUCGACUUACCAAAUGUUGGUCUGAAGCCAUACGUGGAUCCAUCGAAUUAUUCAAAUGCUGAAGAAGCAGUUGAGGAAUUUGCCAAUGAACUUGAUCUCAAUCAAAUAUUUUUGGAAAGAAUGAUCGGUGGAGGUGAAUUUGGCGAUGUUUACAAAGGCGUGUUGACGAGUGAUGGAAAUCAAAUUCCAAUUGCAGUUAAAACCCUAAAAGCCGAUGCAUCUUCAAAAAACUCAAGAGAUUUCCUGUUGGAGGCGUCAGUAAUGGCUCAGUUUGAUAAUCCAAAUGUUGUGAAAAUGGAAGGAGUUGUAACGAAGUCAAAACCACGAAUGAUUGUGAUCGAGUACAUGUCUAAUGGAUCGUUGGACCACUAUCUCAAGAGAAACGAUGGAAUGCUGACACAGCUUCAGUUGCUUGGCAUGGCCAGAGGUGUUGCGUCUGGGAUGAAUUACUUGUCUGAGAUUCAUUUUGUACACAGGGAUUUGGCGGCACGAAACGUGUUGGUCAACGAUAUGAUGCUUUGCAAAAUUUCUGACUUCGGUCUCUCACGAGAACUGGAAACAACAAAUACACAAUCCGUUGGAGAAUAUGAGACGUCUGGAGGAAAGAUUCCUAUUCGAUGGACGGCCCCUGAAGCAUUCAAAUUUCGCAUAUUUUCAACAGCAAGUGACGUCUGGAGUUUUGGUAUUUUGCUUUGGGAAAUCAUGUCAUUUGGUCAAAGACCUUACUGGGAAUGGGAUAACUUCAAAGUAAUGGAAGAUGUUGAUAAUGGCUACCGGCUCCCCCCGCCGCACAAUUGUCCUCAUGGCAUCCAUUGCCUGAUGCUUCACUGUUGGAAAGCUGAACGAAGCGAACGGCCAAGUUUUGCACAAAUUACCAUCGUCAUUGACAGAUGGAUCAGAUCCCCUGAAACUUUGAACCAUGAAGUUAAUUUUUUUAUCACAAUUGGUGAUUGGCUUACAACGAUCAAAAUGGGCAGUUAUAAAGCUAUGUUUAUUGAAGCAGGUUACAAAAAACAAUCAGAUAUCAUCGAUUUAACUCAUGAAGAUUUAAUAUCAAUGGGGGUUACAUUGAUUGGACAUCGUAAUAAAAUCAUAAAAGGCAUUGAGACGCUGAGGGCUCGAAAGUCCAGGCAACAACUGCCAUUGUUAUGAAGCUCUUGAACUUCGCUGUGAAUAUUGUUUGGUAACUUUCAACAUUAACUGCUGGAAUUAUUCGACUUUGAUCCGUUGGUUGUAAAUAUUAGAAGAUCAAGGAUGGUUUCAGAGAAGUAUAUGUCGGAGUGUUUUCAUUUGUGUAUAUAAAGGCGGUCUGACAGAUUUGAAUAUCAGAACACUGAGCAGGGAGUAAUCCAGGGAAUCUAAAAGAUAAAUCUGAGGACUUCACACGUACAAUUGUCACGUACUUGUACGUCGAAUUAUCACGUACAAGUUUUCUAAACGUUCGAAAGAAGAGUUAAUCCCUGAAAAGAAACACCAUGUUAUAUAUAUACGCAUUUUCAAGAUUCGUUGUUGUUACCAGAACCCAUAGAGCAAACGAAUGGACGACAAUGGUCAUGAUCACUACUCGGUCGGUGUUAUAACAUCAAAAUAUUUGCCGACAAGAAAAAACUUCAGCGGGAUACAAAAGUUUGAACAAUUUGUUCGACCCCUGCUUUCUAUAUAUUGUAUUUAAACAAUGGAUGUCCAACAUCAUUAAAUAUUUUUUUUUGGAUUGCGCAUAUACUUACCUUCUAACGAAUUAACAAAUUGCUGACGCUUAAUCUUAUACUUGUAUGAAGAAUAUUUGUAAUUGAGAAUUCUAAUCAAAACGACUGUAGCAAUUUGAACAAUUUACAAUGGCAGAUGACUAUUCUACUUGAUGAGUAAAUCUCGGAGAUAACAGUUACCAAUAACAGUGUGUAAUAUUCAACUAGGUAUGUUGACGAGGUUUAAAGGGUCUUAAUUUCGAGUGCCAGUGACAAGAGCAAUGCACCGGC